AUGGAUUCCCCUCCGGUGGAUCUGUCUUUUAAAGAAAUCUUCACAGUCACAGAUGCACUGGAAGAGGAACCCAACAAAGGCCUGCGACCUUUGACAACAAACUCUGAGGGGAAGUACCUGAGCCGCUCUCUGCGUCUCGGAUACAACAAGCUCUCAAACCUUGACGGUCUUCAGUACGUCAUCGACCAUUUCCUGGCUGAUCCCACAAAGCUCUGCUGGCUGGACCUGUCCUUCAACAACUUAACAUCCAUCGAUCCAGUUUUGUUUGAGCUGGAAGAGCUGCGUGUGUUGUAUCUCCAUGGCAACAGCAUCUCCAACAUGACAGAGGUAGAAGACCUGGGAGUGCUGAAGCAUCUGCACACGAUCACGCUGCACGGAAAUGUCAUAGAAAGUUUGAGGGACUACAGGAAUCAAGUGAUUUUUGCUCUGCCUCACCUGAAGAACAUGGACUUCAGCGUUGUGACACCCAGGGAGCGGGAGUUGGCAAAUCUUUGGUCCAAGAAGGUUUAA